UUGCCUGGCAAAGCCUGGGUCCUGGCCUCGGAGGCUCUCGGGCCCCGACUGGAGGGGCUCCUAAGCGCAUGCUUGGAGAGAGGCCAAUUCCCGCUUCGUUGGAAGACGGGGAAGCUGGUCCUCAUUCGGAAGCCGGGGCGCCCUGCGGACUCUCCGUCCGCAUACCGGCCCGUGGUGCUGCUCGACGAGGUGGGCAAGCUCUUUGAAAGAGUAAUUGCAAACCGCCUCGCCGAGCACCUUGCGGGGACGGGGCCGGAUCUUGCGGAACACCAGUUUGGUUUCCGCAAGAGGCGCUCUACGGUGGACGCCAUCAUGCGCGUGAGAGCCCUCACGACGGGGGAUGCAGUGGCCAGGGGGGGGGUUGUCUUGGCGGUGUCUCUCGACAUCGCCAACGCCUUCAACUCCAUGCCCUGGAGCUGCAUUAGGGAGGCACUCCGGUAUCACCGGGUGCCGACCUAUCUCCGUCGUAUAGUCGGGGACUAUCUGACGGACAGGGCCGUCAUCUACCCCGGUCGAAACGGAGAGCGGAACCGGCGAGAGAUGUCGUGCGGUGUCCCACAGGGUUCGGUUCUGGGGCCGCCCCUGUGGAACAUCGGUUACGACUGGGUGCUGCGCGCCGACCUCCCUACCGGCGUCAGCGUAGUUUGCUACGCUGACGACACGCUGGUACUGGCACAAGGGGGGUCGUACGAGGCGGCUGCGGAAACUAUGACACGCGGGGUUGCGAUAGUCGUUGAGAGGAUCCGGCAACUGGGUCUCGAGGUGGCUCUGCACAAGUCCGAGGCCAUGCACUUCCAUGGUCCUCGGAACAGGCCACCACCGGGAUCCUCAGUGAUGGUAGGAGGGGUAUCCAUCGGCGUCGAGUCGACGUUGAAGUACCUAGGACUCGUCCUCGACGGCCGAUGGAACUUCGUUGAGCACUUCCGACGUUUGGCUCCCAAACUGGAACGGACCGGGGCUGCCUUCAGGCGGCUCCUGCCGAACCUGGGGGGGCCAAACGCCUCCUGCCGGAGGCUCUACGCGGGGAUCGUGAGGUCCAUGGCCCUUUACGGGGCCCCGGUGUGGGCGCGUGGUUUGGCGCGGCUUGCCGUCCACCACCUAAACGCGCCCCAAAGGGUGGUUGCCGUAAAGAUGGUUCGCGGCUACCGCACGAUCUCCCGCGAGGCGGCGAGCCUCCUUGCCGGAUUGCCGCCAUGGGAUCUGGAGGCGAUAGUCCUCGCGCGCCUGCACGAAUGGCGCGCGGCAGCACUAUGCCGGGGGGAAACCCCGCUGCCGCGGCAAGUUGUCGCGCAGCGGACAGACUUCCGGCAUGAUCUCAUGGCGACAUGGAGAGAGCGACUGUCGCAACCCCGUGCUGGGCACGCCACUAUAGCGGCGAUAAGACCCCUCUUUGAGGAGUGGCUUGAGAGACGCCACGGCGUCCUCACCUUCCGCCUGACGCAGGUCCUCACCGGACACGGUGUGUUCGGGAGGUUCCUGCACCGAAUCGGGCGGGAGGAAACGCCCGGGUGCUCCCACUGCGAGGAUCGACCGGAGGACACGGUGGAGCACACCGUGGAGGUGUGCUCUGCUUGGGCGGAGCACCGCCGUGUCCUCGUAGCGGCGAUAGGCGGCGGCGACCUCUCGCGUCCGGCUCUGGUCGAAGCCAUGGUCCGGAGCGAGACGGAAUGGGAUGCCGUCACCACCUUCUGCGAAGCAGUGAUGCUAGCGAAGGAGGUGGCGGAGCGGGAGAGGGAAAGAGCAACAGCUUUCCUUCCCGGCCGCCGCGGGAGACGCCCCGGGCGUCGGGGGCUACGUCGUGGCCCCCGACCACCGUAG